CUCAUCCUGCCUGUAUAUACCUGCGAGAGCCCUCCUCGCCUCUCCCUCACCGCACCUCGAUCUGAUCAACCUGCUCAUUCUUCUUCUUCUUCCCUACAUACACAAGCUAUAGCUAGCCUGCUCUCGCCGAUGAUCAAGAAAAUAUAGUACAUCGACCCAAGCUAGCUAGGAGAAGAGAUCGAGGUCUGAUCGAUCUCUGUGAUCUAGAGCGCGUAGCUGAUCGUCUGAGGUAGUGGUGGUGGUGUUGAUCAUAUGGACUCCAUGGAAUCAUGCGUCCCUCCAGGGUUCAGGUUCCACCCCACCGACGAGGAGCUCGUCGGCUACUACCUCCGCAAGAAGGUGGCCUCCCAGAAGAUCGACCUCGACGUCAUCCGCGACAUCGAUCUCUACCGCAUCGAGCCAUGGGAUCUCACAGAGCACUGUGGCAUCGGGUACGAGGAGCAGAACGAGUGGUACUUCUUCAGCUUCAAGGACCGCAAGUACCCGACGGGGACGAGGACGAACAGGGCGACCAUGGCAGGGUUCUGGAAGGCGACGGGGAGGGACAAGGCGGUGCAUGAGAGGAGCAGGCUCAUCGGCAUGAGGAAGACCCUCGUCUUCUACAAGGGCAGGGCGCCCAACGGACAGAAGACCGACUGGAUCAUGCACGAGUACCGCCUCGAGACUGACGAGAACGCGCCGCCGCAGGAAGAAGGAUGGGUGGUGUGCAGGGCGUUCAAGAAGAGGACGGCGUACCCGAACCGGGGCAUGAUGGAGAGAUGGGGCUCAAACUACUCCUACAACGAGGUCAAUGCCAUGUCUAGCGGGCCGUUCCCGGACCCGAACAUGGCGUCGACGUACGCGGCAGCGGCGCAGAUGGGCAGGGGCGCGAGCUUCAAGGAGGAGGCGGAGCAGCUGGACGGGGCCGCCGCCCUGCAGCGAUACACCUCCAGCCACCUCGUCGAGCUGCCGCAGCUCGAGAGCCCCUCUGCUCCUCUCCCGCGUAAGAAGGCCAGGGCGCCCGAGGAGGAGGAAGAUGCCGCCUCCGGUGGCAGUAGGCGUCGACCUCGCAAGCACGCGCAGGCCGACAAUGCGGCCACCACGGACUGGAGGGCGCUGGACAAAUUCGUAGCGUCGCAGCUCAGCCCCGGUGGCGAGUGCGCCGCUCUGGAAGCAACGACGGCGACCACGGCGGCUGCGGCAGCCGGCGCGAGCUCGCAGGCGCAGGCGCAGCUGGACCGUGACGAGGACGAUAUGGCCGCAUUGCUGUUCCUCAACAGCGACGGGAGGGAUGAGAUGGAAAGGUGGACGGGGUUGCUUGGCUCGGCCGGCGCCAGCGUCGACGGCGAACUUGGGAUCUGCGUCUUUGAUAAAUGAUGGAGAAAGGGCCGUGUCGCUCGUGCGGCAUGCGUGGAUUAUCCAUGAUAUAUGGUUAUAGCUGAAAGUUCAUAAUUUGUUGUCCCUUUUCUUCUCUGCUUCUUCUUUUAUAUAUGUCCCCAAAUGUGAUGUUGUAACUUUAUAUAUCUGUCCCUGUGCAGAGUCAUAAGAUGCAUGGCAUCGCUAUGUGCUUGAUAUC